UCCAACCAAUCCAGAGAAGAAUGUGCUGACGUUUAGUACUUUCUAUGAGCAUUCUAGAGCAAUGCUGUGGCCAGCAGAAUAUUGAAGGAAAGCAGAGAACUAAGAGCCAUAGAGACAGCAGCAGUUUCAGCACCACUACCUAUAGACAGCUCCUGUAUCCUAGAGGGGCUGGGAAUGGCCUGCCUGACUGCAGCCUUUACUGUGGGCAACAAUCUGAAUUCUAAUAUCACUUCUAUGGCAAUGUCAGACUCAAAGUCAGUCUGCGUGUGCCUGGAUGAGGUGGUCUCCAACUGUGCCGGGAAUCAAGAGACUCCACUUCUAAACGGACACUUAAAAAAGGUUGAUAACAAUCUCACGGAGGCUCAGCGCUUCUCCUCAUUGCCCAGGAGGCCAGCUGUGAACAUUGAGUUCAAAGACCUUUCAUUUUCUAUACCAGAAGGACCGUGGUGGAAAAAGAAAGGGUACAAAACAUUACUGAAAGGAAUCUCUGGAAAAUUCAGCUGUGGCGACCUUGUUGCAAUCAUGGGCCCUUCUGGAGCAGGAAAGUCCACGUUAAUGAAUAUAUUAGCAGGUUACAGAGAGACUGGUAUGAAGGGAGAAGUCCUCAUUAAUGAGCAGCCUCGUGACUUGCGAACAUUCAGAAAAGUAUCCUGUUACAUCAUGCAAGAUGACAUGCUCUUGCCUCAUCUCACGGUCCAGGAGGCCAUGAUGGUUUCAGCACACCUAAAACUCCAGGAAAAGGAUGAAGGCAGAAGAGAAAUGGUUAAGGAGAUCUUAACAGCACUGGGCUUGUUGCCGUGUGCUGACACAAGGACCGGGUGUCUUUCUGGGGGUCAAAGAAAGCGUCUCGCAAUUGCUUUGGAAUUAGUCAAUAAUCCCCCAGUUAUGUUCUUUGAUGAACCAACAAGUGGCUUGGACAGCUCGUCUUGUUUCCAGGUGGUUUCCUUGAUGAAAUCAUUGGCCCAAGGUGGCAGAAAUAUCAUCUGUACCAUUCAUCAACCCAGUGCCAAAUUGUUUGAAUUAUUCGAUCAGCUUUAUGUUUUAAGCCAAGGACAAUGCAUCUACCGUGGGAAAGUGUCGAAUCUCGUCCCUUACCUACGGUUCUUGGGAUUAAACUGCCCAACAUACCAUAAUCCCGCAGAUUUCAUAAUGGAAGUUGCCUCUGGGGAAUACGGAGAACAGAAUCCACGUCUUGUCCGAGCCGUACAAGAUCACGUGCCUGAAACAGAAGAAAAGAUGGACCAUUGUGGAGACAACGAGUUAAACCCUUUCAUGUGGCAUAAGCCAUCUGAUGAGGACUCCUCACCCACUGAAGGCUGCCAUAGUUUUUCUGCCAGUUGCCUGACUCAGUUCUGUAUCCUGUUUAAGAGGACAUGCCUCAGUAUUAUGAGGGACUCGGUGCUCACCCAUUUACGGAUCAUGUCACAUAUUGGGAUUGGAAUCCUGAUUGGAUUAUUAUACCUAGGCAUCGGGAAUGAAGCUAAGAAGGUCCUCAGUAAUUCUGGAUUCCUCUUCUUCUCCAUGCUCUUCUUAAUGUUUGCUGCUCUAAUGCCGACUGUCCUAACAUUUCCACUAGAAAUGGGAGUAUUCCUCAGAGAACAUCUGAACUACUGGUACAGUCUGAAGGCGUAUUACCUAGCUAAAACUAUGGCAGAUGUACCCUUUCAGAUCAUGUUUCCGGUCGCUUACUGUAGCAUUGUCUACUGGAUGACAUCUCAGCCAUCAGAUAUUCUCAGAUUUGUCCUGUUUUCUGCUUUGGGAACCAUGACCUCAUUAGUUGCUCAGUCCCUUGGUCUUCUGAUAGGAGCAGCUUCCACUUCACUACAGGUGGCAACAUUUGUGGGUCCGGUUACAGCGAUCCCAGUCCUGCUUUUCUCUGGGUUCUUUGUGAGCUUUGAUACUAUCCCAAGCUACCUUCAGUGGAUGUCAUAUAUGUCCUACGUCAGGUAUGGAUUUGAAGGGGUGAUUUUAUCAAUUUACGGUCUUGACAGGGAGGAUUUGCAUUGCGACCCAGACGAGAUAUGCCACUUUCAGAAAUCAGAAGCUAUUCUUAAGGAGCUGGAUGUAGAAAACGCCAAGCUGUACCUAGAUUUCAUCAUUCUUGGAGUAUUCUUUAUUGUUCUCCGUCUCACGGCCUAUUUUGUUCUCAAGUAUAAAAUCCGGGCUGAGAGGUAAAGCAGAACCCAACGGGAAUGACAAACAAGUGUUUGUAGACACACUCAAUGGUUAAGAAUAUUUCCGAUGAAGCUUGGUAUUGUCCCGCUGUACUUGGAAUAUAAACCCCUGCUCUAGUAACAGUAUCAAGACCUAACCUUCGUGGAACUCCAUUGUGUUAGUUACUUUAUUGGGUAAUACUUUGCAAUCCUUUUGGGAUUUUUGUUCCUGGGUCACAUGUUAAUUAAACUUUCUAGAUUUAACUAGGAAGGAAAAGAAUGAAAUCCUAGAACAUCAGUGGGGUUUUUCGGA